AUGUUUGCUUUUCUGUUCUUAAUUAAGUUAUCUUACCAGUUAAUUUUGGAAAAUUGUAGUAGUGUACAGCCGGGACUAGUAUUAUCUAUGUAUUAUAGUCCAACAUGUCCUCACUGUAAAAAAUAUGAUCCAGUAUUGACGGGUAUAGCAAAUAAUGCUGCCGCAAAAGGAGUUCCAAUUACGAUACAAAAAGUCAACUGUGAUAUCUGUGACUGUGACAGUGUGAAUGUCCUUAAAGUUCCUACAACGAUUCUAAGAAAUAAUGGUGUUGAAAUUGCCAGACAAAGCGGAUUUAUGGAUUGUAAAACUGUCGGCUCAUUUUUAUCAAAAAAUUUAUGUGAUGUAAAUGGCCAGUUAAUACCGAAAAAUCAAAACAAUACUAAUGUAUAUGGAUGGAGAAAUAAUAAUAUUGAACAGCCGUUACCAGUUGUACCAGAGACACCAACCAAUGUUGUUCCAAUAGGUGAUUUACAAAAGAAUCAACCGGCCUGUGCAUUAGCUUCUAAUUCAGGUACAUGUAAUUAA